GACAAGUGACUCAAGCGGAAUUCAGUGACCCGGAAGUUCGAACUUGCUCUAUGCUAUAAUGCGCAUACAAGCCAGACGUGAUACAUAAAGGGCAGUGAUACACUACAAGAAGCAUGUACAUGUGCUGUGUUUUCAUGUAAAAAUGGAUCAAACCGUGCGAGCUACAGAGUAAAGCGUAGAUGUCAUCGUGUGGUAUGUGCAGGAUCACCUGUAGCGCCGGCCCAAGAGCCUCGAGAGAUACUACCGGGGGCUCCUGUUGCAAUUCGGCGGCGAGGGGGUAUACAGAACAGGGGCGAAGGGCACCCAAGAUACUAAAGAUGGCCGAACUUAUGACAGCCGUUAAGACAGGAGAUUUGCAAUUUGUGCAGAGACUGUUCUCUAUGUUUAGCCAGGAGGAGGCAGGGGAUGUUGUGAAGUACCAGACGCCGGAGACGAGAGAGACUUUUCUCUUCAGUGCGUGUGUCAAGGGACAAGUUGAGAUGGCGCGGUUCUUGCUGUCAGUUGGACGGGGCCAGAGGGACGUAGGCACGGCCUGGGGUGCCGUGCCGCUACACGCUGCUGCUGAACGGUCUCAUGAAGCUGUUGUCAGGUUGCUUUUGACGAACGGCGCCGACAUGAACGCCCAGACGAGCUACGGGGACACGCCCCUCCACCUGGCCGCCUAUCGGGGCAACUAUGCAAUAGUCAGGUGUCUGGUCGAAGCCGGAUGCAACUUGAAUAUCGUGAAUUCUAAGGGGAGGACGGCACUGGAUGAUGCGUCCGCGGCCAGACAUGGCCGCAUUGUGCAGUACCUCGGAGCGGUCAUGAACCUAGGUAAUGAGGACUUCGCUAAACACCAGCAGGAGAGAAAAAAAGACAAUGACAAGAUAGAUUUGAUGAAGACACGGCCACUGGUUCCACCAAUCAAAUUACACCAAAUGCUGGACCGUUCCAUUUCAUGGCAUAGUUGCCCUAGCGACAUUCUCCAAGGUAACAGCGACAGCUGGCCUGAAGGCGGGGCUACAGAUACCUGGCGUAGCGGGAGGAGACACUCUGCUUUGUCGUCGUUAGGGUCAGAAUCGUCUGGAAAUGACCUCAGCAUGGCAACGGCUGGUUCCCCGCGGUGGGACGCGCACAGCAGCAUGAACGUCAUCCCGGAGGUCUCCAACGACGCCGGGAACCAACAGCAUCAGCAACUUGCUGCAACAUCCACAGCGACACAAAACCACGCAGCUGCGAGAACGUGUGCCGAGAAACGGCGAGAUUACAGGAACCGAAGCGCCAGCGACUCCCGAGUGGAAUAUCUGGAGAAGAUGGUGGAACACCUUCGGCUGGGGCUGGCAUCGACUCAGGAGGAGCUUGGGAGGACAAGGUUGGAGCUGAGACGAGCCAAAGACAGUCUGAGAUUAUCCCCGUGUGGGACGAAUACUGAAGAUGGCCCAGGGUGUGUGUGUAGGCCUAAUGAUACUGUAAGAUUGGUUCUAAAUGUACGGGAUCGGGAUUUCUAAUAGAAAUUUCUAAUUUCUAAUAUAUACAUAUAUUUUAAAUACACAGUUAAUGUUGACAAUUAUCUAUAGAAUGUAGCUUGCAUUAAAACAAGCACAUUUUCAGGCAAAGCUGAUCAACAUGUUAUUUACCAAUUAACCGGUCAUAUUCGACUUUUACUUUUCACAUUAUCCGGAAAUAACGGUGUAAAUUGGAAAACGAAGAAAACUUGUGAUUUUAAGUUUACUUUAUAAAUACCUUACUUUAUUUGCAUCAUGAAUUGCUCCAGAAUGCGUUAAAGUGUUACACUCACAUACUCGCUUAUUUUGUUAAUAUAUUCACAACACCUCACUGAAAAGUGAAAACCAAGGUUAAAGGUACUGGCAAGCGGUCCUUGAAUAAAUAUCUGAUUAUCAUGAUAUUUCGAUUGACUGAUUGAUUUUGCUUCCCCAUGUUGGUACCAGAAAAAAUAUACGCAACCGUUCCUUCUGUAGGGGUACUUUUUUCAUAAUGCAUGCAUGGAUAAUAUAUACAUUUCGCAGUUUUGAAAUAACUUUUAAAAGAAGUUGUAGAUAUUGCUGAUAGUCUUUCUCCUGACUUUAUUUUUUUUACGCCACCAUCAAGAAAUAGCGGCCUUCCACCUUUCAGAGGGCCAGUGCAAACCAGAUAUUUUGUGUAAAAAUUUUCUUUAGUUGACAAUGUAUAUUUUGGCAAACGCUUUAAACAGAAUUUAUUUUUAUGUGAUAUAUUUUAUGUUAAAUUUUGCUUAUAUGUAUUUGGGGCAGUUACAGGGGAAUAAAUGUUUACCCCUCGCUAUUUAAAGGGGGGGGGGUGAGGUUUUAAAAUAUUGCUCACUGAAAAGUUCGCGAAAGCAGUGAAUAACCAGUGAUAUAAGACACGCGCACGGCGUCUUCGUGCGGUAUAAUAAGAACAAACACGCUUUUGGUAUAGAAAGCCAGCAUAAAUAAUUCUCUAUGAGAAAACCAAGUUGAGAAAACUUCUCAUUGUUUACACAGAAUUCAUAGCUAUAAAGUUUUACCUUUUUUGCUUAUGCAUUUGGUUAUCCGACUUCAAUUUUGGUAAAUACUUAAACAUAGUGAUUUGUAAAUUUAAGUCUGUAAAUACUUAUUGAACAACUCUUUUUUUUAAAAAAUAAUAAAUUCUAUGCAAUUGUUUUAAAA